CUCCCACAACAAAAAUCAUGUAAAAAAAAAAGGAAAACAACAAAAAUCAUGUCAAAAGGAUAAUGACAAAACUUCCUGAUGACAAAAUAUAAAAAGCAAUAAACAAAUAAGACUUUAACAUUUGCCUGAGCGCGAGAGGUUCUUGAUUCCCGGAGACUCAGAGAUCUUACACCAACAGUAAAACACGACCCUCUCCAAAUUCAUCUGAUCCGGAUCGAAACAAGAGAUGGAUGAUCGUAGCGAAAACCAUGAUAUAGAGGUCGAAGGAGGCAACUACGCUUACGAGAGGAAGAUAUCUGGGAUUCUAGACGAUGGAUCUGUCGGAUUCCAACAGCCUCUGCUCGCUAGGAACCGAAAGAACACCACUUCGCAGAUCGCAAUCGUCGGAGCCAACACUUGUCCCAUCGAAAGCCUUGAUUACGAGAUCUUUGAGAAUGAUCUAUUCAAGCAGGACUGGAGGUCAAGGAAGAAGAUUGAGAUACUUCAGUAUACCAUUCUAAAGUGGGCGCUUGCUUUCCUUAUCGGUUUAUCCACUGGCCUCGUUGGCUUUUUGAAUAACCUUGCUGUUGAGAAUAUAGCUGGGUUCAAACUCUUGCUCACCGGCAAUCUCAUGCUCAAGGAAAAAUACUUUCAGGCAUUCUUUGCAUUUGCUGGUUGUAACUUGAUCUUGGCAACCGCUGCUGCUUCGCUCUGUGCUUUCAUUGCUCCGGCAGCAGCAGGUUCCGGCAUACCUGAGGUUAAAGCAUAUCUCAAUGGUAUAGAUGCUUAUUCAAUAUUAGCUCCCAGCACACUCUUUGUUAAGAUCUUUGGAUCUAUAUUUGGAGUUGCUGCCGGAUUCGUAGUCGGAAAAGAAGGACCUAUGGUGCAUACUGGUGCUUGCAUUGCUAAUUUACUUGGACAAGGCGGUUCUCGAAAGUACAAAUUGACUUGGAAGUGGCUCAGGUUCUUCAAAAACGACAGAGACAGAAGAGACCUCAUCACUUGCGGCGCUGCUGCUGGUGUCGCUGCUGCUUUCCGUGCUCCAGUUGGCGGAGUCCUUUUCGCCCUUGAGGAAGCUGCUUCUUGGUGGAGGAGCGCUCUUCUUUGGAGGACCUUCUUCACUACCGCAGUUGUAGCCGUGGUGUUACGAAGUUUGAUUGAGCUCUGUCGAUCUGGGAGAUGUGGACUAUUCGGCAAAGGAGGUCUCAUAAUGUUUGACGUAAACUCAGGACCAGUGCUUUACAGCACACCAGAUUUGCUAGCUGUAGUCUUCCUUGGAGUUGUUGGUGGUGUUCUUGGAAGCCUUUACAACUACCUUGUCGACAAAGUCCUCCGCACAUAUGCCUUAAUAAACGAGAGAGGACCGGGGUUUAAAGUAAUGCUUGUUAUGGCAGUCUCCAUCUUGAGCUCGUGUUGCGCAUUUGGUCUCCCAUGGCUUUCACCUUGUACCCCAUGUCCUGUUGGAACAGAGGGCAAGUGCCCAAGCGUAGGUCGAGCCGGCAUCUAUAAGAGUUUCCAGUGUCCUCCAAACCAUUACAAUGACCUUUCCUCACUCCUUCUCAACACCAAUGAUGAUGCAAUCCGCAGUCUCUUCACAUCAAGGUCCGAGAAUGAGUUCCAAAUCUCCACCCUUGCCAUAUUCUUUUUCUUUGUCUACUUCCUUGGCAUCAUAACGUAUGGCAUAGCUAUACCCUCUGGGCUUUUCAUUCCCGUGAUUCUCGCUGGAGCUUCUUAUGGACGGCUUGUUGGUAGACUCCUCGGUCCAGUAUCUCAGCUUGACGUAGGUCUGUUUUCUCUGCUUGGAGCUGCUUCUUUCCUUGGAGGCACAAUGAGAAUGACGGUUUCUCUAUGCGUCAUACUUCUUGAACUUACAAAUAAUCUCCUGAUGCUGCCGCUGGUGAUGCUUGUGCUCUUAAUCUCGAAAACAGUUGCCGAUUGUUUCAACAAAGGAGUGUAUGACCAGAUUGUGACAAUGAAAGGACUGCCGUACAUGGAGGACCAUGCAGAGCCGUACAUGCGCAAUUUGGUGGCGAAGGAUGUUGUUGCUGGACCUUUGUUAUCCUUUUCGAGAGUUGAAAAGGUUGGGGUAAUAUGGCAGGCUUUAAAGAUGACUAGUCAUAAUGGUUUCCCUGUGAUUGAUGAGCCACCUUUUACUGAAGCUUCUGAGCUUUGCGGGAUUGCCUUGAGAUCCCAUUUGCUUGUGCUUCUCCAAGGGAAGAGAUUCUCAAAGCAGAAAACCACAUUCGGUUCUCAAAUUCUUAGAAGCUGCAAAGCUCGCGACUUUGCCAAAGCAGGGUUAGGGAAAGGGCUCAAGAUUGAAGAUUUGGUUAUAAGUGGCGAGGAGAUGGAGAUGUAUGUUGAUCUCCAUCCCAUCACCAACACAUCUCCAUACACUGUGCUUGAGACUUUGUCUCUAGCUAAAGUGGCCAUUCUUUUCCGGCAACUUGGCCUUCGCCACUUGUGUGUGGUGCCCAAAACACCAGGGAGACCGCCUAUUGUUGGGAUACUUACAAGGCAUGAUUUCAUGCCGGAACAUGUCCUAGGACUCUACCCUCACAUUGAUCCUCUCAAGUGAAACCUGUUAGCCGUUUUAGUCUUCCUUGUUGCUUGCAUUUGGUAUUACUUUUUUUUUUGGUUUCAUGUAAUAAAACAUUUCCUUUCCAGGUGAUAAGGAAUUGAGAAAAAGUCCAAUAGAUUGUUUUCAUUUUAUUCUCGUUGUGAUGAACUGUGCAUAUCAAAAUCGAAAACAGAUUUGCAAUUCAA